AUGUUCACCACCGCAGCGCAACUGCUAGACUUGACAGAUAAAAAGCUCGUUCUUGUGCUGCGUGAUGGGAGAAAAAUCACCGGCAUAUUAAGGAGCUGGGAUCAGUUCGCAAACUUAGUGCUCUCAGAAUCACAAGAACGCAUAUAUGCUCGUACUGUAUACGCCGUCGUUCCUCGUGGCAUUUUCCUGGUUAGAGGAGAAAACGUCCUUCUCCUCGGCGAAAUUGACCUCGAUAAAGAUGACCAUGUCCCCGAAUCUUAUCGGCAGGUUAGCGAAGAUGAAGCCAAAGAGUCACAAAAGCAAGAACAGGAGGACGGUAAACGAGAGGAGAAGUCGAAGGCUAGAAAAUUGGCCAGACUGGGGUUUGAAGCAGAGCAUGCGGGCGAGAUGCUCCUUUAA